AUGGCAUAUCGAUUGAACAACUUCUGCCCCAACUGGAACCCCAACCCCUUCGUGCGGAACACCGUGUGGGCCACCGUCGUCGGCACCACCUUCACCUGGCUGUGCGGCUGCGCAGUGAACCAGGGCACCAUGCAAAAGUUCCUCUCCCUACCUACGCGACCCAGCACCCACAAGGCCAUCAUCCUAUUCGCAGGAGGAAUCUGCCUUAUGAAAUUUCUCAGCAGUUACUCCGGCCUCAUAAUCUACGCCAACUAUUACAAUUGCGACCCACUCAAAACGCAGGCGAUCUCACGACCUGAUCAGUUACUUCCCUUUUUCGUAAUGGACACUACUGGCAACAUUCCUGGGUUACCGGGUCUGUUCAUUGCAGGAGUGUUUAGCGCUGCUCUAAGAGGGGGUCGAGGAUUAUAA